AUGAAUGUCCCACAACCUCAUCGAGAAAAGAAAUUUAGUUCAACACAACCUUCUCAGUUAGAUGUAGAUGAAGGUCUUCCAGGGAAUGAGAUUGACACCGGAGAAGAACAAGUUUCUGAAAAAGAUGCAGAUGAGCCUCUAAGUGGUCCAUUUCCGGGAGGUCCUCAUGAUCCAUCAGUAUUGAAGAGCUUUAAAAGUCAUGUGGCAGCUGCUAUAUGGUUUAAUAAGGAACGUGAUCCGUUGAAACUUCAGAACCAUUCAUAUAAGCUUACACAAUGGGUAUUUGAUGAAAAUGUUGCUAACCAUAAGUUUUGGACUUACAUUGAUGGGUCUGGGUUGAGGCCAUUAGUUAGCUGUUCAUAUUUAAUUGGUAAUAGAGUUGUUGUGUCGGCCUUUUGUGAGAGGUGGCAGCCCGAGACCAAUACUUUUCACUUACCCUUUGGUGAGAUGACAAUCACGUUGGAUGACGUCUUUAAGAUUUUAGGUAUUCCAGUUCAGGGUGAUUCCAUAUCUGUACCUGAGGGUGUGCGGUUAGAUAAAACGUAUUAUGCAUCUUUAUUGUCAUCUACACUAGGUGUUACUACAGAUGAGGUAAAGAUUGAAAUGAGUCGUUAUGGUGGAAAUGGGGUGACACUAGAGUGGUUGAGAUUACGAUUUCAGGGUGUCUCUGAUGAUAGUCCUCUUGAAUUCAUAGAAUUUGCAGCAAGAGGCUUUUUGCUAUAUAUAUUAGGUUGCACACUUUUUGUGGACAAGACUGGGAAUAGGAUAAAUAUUAUUUACCUAUAUUUUUUACGAGAUCUUAAUAGGGUUGGUCGAUAUGCUUGGGGAGCUGCUGGGUUAGCUUUUCUAUAUCGACAGUUAGGACUUGCAUCCAGAGUUGGUUGUAGACAAAUUGGGGGAUACCUGACAUUGCUUGAGGCCUGGAUAUAUGAGCACUUUCGGAAUGUUGCUGGUGUAGAUCUUGUCGGAUUGGUGUUUGUGCACUAA